UAUAUUAAAAAAAAAAAAAUGGAGAUUGAAAAUUUUAUCUUUGACUUGGACGCUGAUAUCUCAUUGGUUACAAUCGUUUCGUCUGCAGCGUAUCAACAAACUCAAACUGAAGCGCUGUUUACGUGUAGCCGGAAAAGGCUUGCAAGAGAUAACGUGUGUUUGCAUUGACAUUUACUCAACUGUUAUCGUUUGUUUUCCUUAUGUAAACCAUUUUAUUUGUUUUAAAAUUAAUGUAGAGAAACUGCUAUCUCUGUGACUGUGGUUUAUUGAGAGCAAGUUUGGAUAAGAUAAAGUUUGGCCCAUUUCGUAGGCACUUUAUCGUUGCUGUACAGUGACAGCGCACACUGUUUACUUUGCGUUUCAACCUGUUCGCUGUCGUUGCAAGUAAGAAGGAAGAAACACAUGGACUUGCCAGCUAAUAAUAAUGAUAACAUUCAGGUCAUUCAAAUGAGAAAAGAUGAUGUGGAAGAAGGCAGAUUUCUCUCUCUCACACAAUUAUUCGAAGCAAAGUUCAUGGAGAAGCCAUCAUUCUAUGUCCGCGUUCCAGGAAGAGUCAAUAUCAUUGGAGAACACAUAGAUUACUGCGGCUACUCUGUGUGUCCCAUGGCAAUUCAGAGGGAUAUUUUAAUGGCUGUUAGUCCUUCAGAAAGCAAGAUGCUGCAGCUGUGUAAUACUGACUCCAAAUGUGAAGAUUUAACCUGCUCUAUUGACAAUAUCAAAAUUGAAGUAGAAAAGGGCAAACCUCCAGAAUGGUACAAUUACUUCCUGUGUGGUGUGAAAGGAAUUAUGGAUAUUCUGCCAGACAAGACUUCAGUUGGAGUGAAUGUAGCAGUUACUGGUAAUAUUCCCUGGGGUUCUGGUUUAUCCAGCUCAAGUGCACUAGUAAGUGCUGCAGCACUUGCAACAGCUCAUGCAAAUAAGGUUAGUAUGAAAAAAGUGGAGAUUGCAGCAUUAUGUGCCCAUGCAGAGAGAUAUAUCGGAACACAAGGUGGUGGUAUGGACCAAGCAAUAGCAUUCUUAGGGUCAAGAGGAUCUGCCAAGCACAUUGAAUUCAAUCCUUUAAGAGCUGAAAACAUUAAGCUUCCAAGUGGCGCAGUUUUUGUCAUAGCUCAUUCUCUUAGUGUUGUGAAUAAAGCUGCAACCCAUGACUACAAUUGUCGUGUAGCAGAAUGCCGUUUAGCUGGCCAGAUUAUAGCAAAAAAACGUAAUUUGAAAUGGAGAGAGAUAUCUCAGCUGUCUGAUCUUCAGAAGAAAGUUGGAUUAAGUCUUGAAGAAAUAUCUGAAGUUGUGUGCAGUGCAUUACAUGAAGAGCCAUACACGAAAGAAGAGAUUUGCAAUGAGCUUGAGGUGAGUGAAGAAGAGCUACACGAGUACUCUCUGACUAACAACACCACACACAUCAGCAAAUUCAAACUUCGACAGAGGGCCCUCCAUGUGUUUCAGGAGGCAGCCCGUGUGAAGAACUUCUGUGCAGUUUGUCAGUCUGAAGCAAGUGAUGAAGAAAAACUGGUACAGCUGGGAAAGCUUAUGAGAGAGAGCCAUCAAAGUCUGCAACAUUUGUUUGAGUGCAGUCAUCCUUUGCUGGAUGAAGUUGUUCUCUUGGGAGAAAAUGUGACACUGGGGUCUCGACUAACAGGAGCUGGAUGGGGUGGCUGUACUGUUGCUUUAACAACACAAGAUUCAUACAAAAAAUACAUAGAGAAAUUGAAAACCAGUUUCUAUGCCAAACACAGUGAAAUACAAAAUAUUGAUACACUUGUAUUUGCAACUGAACCAAGUGAAGGUGCUGAAGUUUAUGUAGUUGCUUAAAAAGAGGGGAUAGAAAUUAUCGAUAGCAUUCCUGUUUAAUUCUGGAAUGAUCUCUACGCUUACCUUAAUCAAAGGAUAUAAUAUGGCUUUAAAUGAUACACAUAUAUAUUUUCAUAAAGUACUCUAUGCACUGGAGUAACUGCUCUUGUGAGCCGUGCCAUUAGAUAAAAUGCUCUUAUUUAUGAAAAUCAUGUAUGCUUCUAUGUGAUGGCAGUAAAACAAAUUUGAAACACUUUCAGGUUAGAGUAUAGCUGAGGUAGUAGAAAAAAAGAAAAGGUAAUUUUUCUUCUCAGUGUCUGUUCCACAGUGUAUACUGCGAACCUUCUUAAAAAAAAUCAAACUUGUGUCGAGCUUUCCACUAUAUUUUUACCAUGUAUGAGAUAUGCAGAAAGGUUUCCCUCUAAGGUCAUCAAUAAGUUACGUGUGUUUCCACCGAGUGAAGAAAGAGUGAUUGAUGAUGCACUGGACUCACAUUUAGGAGGAGUGGUGAUCAAACCCUUAUGUGGACAUCCAGGUUUAGACUUGUCAUGAUUUCUCUGAAUUACUUGAGGACAAUGUCACAGUAGUUCCUCUGAAAAGGCCACUGCUGAUUUGGCAUCCAGUCCUUGCUCACUCUGAGCUUGUGCUCUGAGGACAUCAUCAAUGAAACCAGUCUCUAAACCUCCUUUUAAAACCUUAGAGCAAGUUAUGUUUGCAUGAACUUUGCAUGAACUUUAAAUUUUGACAUUGUGUCCACUCUGUUUUACUUUGAAGUUUUUGUUAUUUACUGGCUUUAUCAUGUUAAAUAUAAAUUAUUUUAACACUUUAGGAGUAACGAAGACCACUCACUGAAUAGCAGAAGUGGUGAGUUGCCCACAGACAAAAGAAAACAAAAAUUUGCCAGCUUUUGGAAUAAAUCCCUUUUGAGCUAGAGUACACACACACACACACACACACACACACACACACACACACACACACACACACGCGCACGCGUGCGUGCACACACAGACAUGCAAACCUGUGUCGAUCCAUUGUAUGAGCUGUGUUCAGGCAGCACAUCUCCUUUACUCCUGAAGUAUUUGCAUGGUGCCAGGACUUUCCUCACAGUGAUUAUUUUAAGCAGUUUGAGUACAGAGGUUUUGCCUUUCGUGAAUACAUGAAUUACCAGAUUUUCUGUGCAGACUUAUUUACUGAACCCAUUUGCCACCAUAUCAUCACUCUGAAGAUUAAUUUCCUCAACAUUAUGUUCAUGGUUCAGUGCUUCAUUUGGUACUUGAAUGCUCUAUGUAAAGUAACACAACACUCCUAUGUUGCACUACUUCUAAUUUUUGACAAAAUAAUUUGAUUGGACAGAUAAAAAUCUACUCACCAAGCAGCAGCAGGGAAAUGCACACGUGAAAGACGGUUAAUUCUAACUUCUAUUUUUUAAUUUAUUCUUCCUGUUCCCUUUCUAAUGACUGUUUCUGUUAUCUGUUUUGCACAGUAAUCUGCUGAUUUCCAAUCUUUCUGGAUAUGUUUUUCUCAGUUGCAAUCCUAUGGUGGUUUUUGACAUUCCAUAUACUUCACAAGUGUAGAUAAUCUCAUCCUUUGUUGUAAUAUCUGUGUUCCUAAUCUGAUAAUUAUUCAUUAGUUUUGGUAAGGUGGUUUUAAUUUUUUAAAUUCAUGUUACCAUUGCUACCACUUUCGUGUCAGUAAAUCACUGAGAUACAUAAUGUUCCUCCCUUUUGUGUAUGAUUCGUAUUACAGAACAUUAGAUGCCUGCAUGUAUGAAAAUGUAAAUUUUCGUAGUGGUGUGUCCCUAGCAACAGCCAGAUUGGAUGUAGUAUUCAAGUAGUAAUACACAUGUGAAAUGUGGUGUACGUGAGGGGAGAGUUCUUGAGAAAACAUAACAGAAUAGAAAACUUACUUAUAAACUGAAUUGUAAUUACAAGCAUGAGUUUCAAGCUGAUUUUUUCAGUUUGUAGGUGUGAUAGAAUCUACCUCUGUUAAAAAAUCACAGCUAGUCUAUGUUACGUCAGGGGAGUAAUGAUAAAUAUGGAGUCCCAAGUAUAAAACACAUGAAACUUUUAAGUUUGUUGGAUAGACACAGCUAUUAUUAAACUGUGAAUGUAUGUAAAUAGAGCUGGCAGAUCAUUUUAGUUGGAAACCAGGAAAAUUGUGAGCCUGAUUUGUGGUUUUGAGUGAUAUUUUGUUUUGAGAUUGUUUGUGACACAAUUUGUAUCUCCGUAUGUAAACCAUCUGGGUUCAAAUAAAGCAUAAUUAUCAUGUA